AUGAAAUCAAAAAGCAUAGACUAUAAAAUAGAAAUAAAUAGUUAUAAAAUUAAGAAAUUCUAAAAAUAGCAAUUUUAAUUUACAAGUAACUAUGUUAUAAUUCUUCAUAGAGGCUUUUAUAAUGUCCUGAUAAUCUGAAAUUAAUACAAUCAUUANAGGAGCACUUUGGUUAGGCAAUCUAAAGGCAGCUUAAAAUUAUAAAUAAUUAAAAGAAAAUAACAUUCAAACAGUCAUAACAGUGGCCAAUAACAUAAUAGUAAAUUUCAAAAACACUUUAAACAUCUCUCAUAAAGUAAAACUUAUUAUGAAGUCAGAUCUAUAAAGUUGAAGAUUCAGAAAAAGCACAAAUAAUAGAAUAUUUCGAUGAUAUAAACUAAGAAAUUUCGACUGGGUUAAACUCUGGUUCCGUUUUGGUACAUUGUGCUGCAGGCAUUUCAAGAUCAAGUGCAUGUGUUAUAGCUUAUAUUAUGAAAACAAAUAAAUGGUCAUAUGAAAAAACCUUUUAUUUUGUAAAAGAAAAGAGAUUAGCUAUUAAUCCAAAUCCUGGCUUCAAAAAAUAACUAAUUCAAUAUAGCAAGAAUCUAGAAACAAAAAGUGAAAAUUAAAAUUAAAUUCUUGAUCUUAAGUAAACUAAAGAUAUUAAAGAUUCUUAAGAUACAGCUCAUUUUACUUUAGGUUAUUCAAAUUCAUGGGGAAAGCUUAAAAAAACAUAUGUUUCCAAUCCUCAUGAUUUAGUGAAAUAACUCUCAUAAAAUUUAGUUAAAUCUCCUCUUAAAAAAAUUGAUUAAUUAAAUCGCACUUCUACUCCAGAAGAAAGAUAAAUCUAUAGAUAAUUGUUAGCAAAAAAAUUAUUUGUAAAUACAUUCUCAAGCAAAAAUUCUAUUUCAACUAUAAAUUAUCAAAGCGAAUAAUUGAAUUUAUUAAAAAAAAAAACAGAAAAACAGCCUAUCAAAAUAAAGGCGCUUUUAAGUAUGUACAAAAAAGUUGAAAUUAAUGUAUUGGAGUCUGAAAGAACACAAAAAUGA